CUUAAAUUAUAAAAUAAAACAAUUUAGAAUCUUUAUUAUGGCUAAUGGCUAAGGGGAAUCCAAUUCAGAACUAAACGUUACUGAUUGUUAUCUGAAGCUUAAUAUAUAAUGUCUGAUAGCGUAAAAAUACGAGUUACGGGUCUACCCGGCGAUAUCACACUCUCGAUUCUCAAGACCGAGUUUAGAACGUUGUUCAGAAAGAUAUACGUAAAGCAGUUUUGGAUAGAGAAACUCUGCGACAUGGAAGGGGAUUUGAAACAGAUGAUAGUCAAAUUGAGAUACAGAGCCGAAGCACAUCGAGCUCAAAAUUUCUUUCACAGCAAGCCAUUUGUGUACAAUAUGAUGAAGUAUCCCCUUGUUGUGCACAAUUUUGAGGAAUCCGAGGAUUUGCCUGAAGAGAGUUCUGAGGAUAGGGGACAUCGUGGCAAUAAGCUCAGGCCAGAGUGGGCCAGGUCGCGCUCUCGAAGUCCGGGGUACAGCCAGGAAGCUAGAUUCGAUGAACAUAGGCCUCGAACCUCAGAUAGAUUUGAAGAUUAUAAAACACAUCAUAACGACCACCAGCGUGAGCCUGUGCUACAAAGAUCUCAUGAGAAAUACCCACCAGAGAAAGCAUAUCGGCCAAGCAACACAAGAUACCCUCCAAACCAGUCCAGAUACUCACCAGAUAGGUCAAGAAACUCAAGAUACCCCCCAGACCGAUCAAGAUACCCUCCAGACAAUCUAAGAAAAUCCAAAUACCCCCCAGUUUGUUCGAGAGAUUCUAAAUACUCUCCAGAUAGGUCAAGAAACACAAGAUACCCCCUAAACCGAUCAAGAUACCCCCCAGAGCGGUCAAACAACUCAAGAUACCCCCAAACCUCAAGAAACUCAAGAAAUCCAACAGAAUGUCCGGCCUGGUCAAGAGAUUCAAGGCACUCACCACCCCGGUGACAAAAUACAAUAUUCAGAAUGUAAUGAUUCACAAGUUCCGAUCUUUGGCUGAAACAUCAUUUUUAUACCGAAACCUGCGCAAACCGAAACUUUUAUUGGACACUAAGUAUGACAGUUAUGUAAGUGUAAGGUUGUCUGGAAGAGAUCGCUCUUUAGCGAUAAGACCGCCUGUUGUCUGCCUCUACAUUUAAUCAAUUGUACUUUUCUUUUGUAUCUUUUUACUGAGGUGUGCCAAUAAAGAGUAUUCUAUCUAUCUAUCUAUGACACUGGACAUAACAAGAAUAUGAUAAGUAUGAUAACAAAAACCGAUCACGUGCGAGUCGGACUUGGGCACUGAGAGUGCCGAACAAGAUUAUUAUAGUCCCAUACUUAUGAAUCCUCUAACUCAGCGG